CACCCCCUACAAGUACCCUCUCUCGACCUCACCGCCUCCAGUUCCAAACCCUUCUCUCUCUUUCUAUAUCUCUCUCUACAACUUUCUCUCCAUAUUCUAGCCUACACCCACAUACACACUCUUUCUAGAUAGAGAGAAAAACAGUGCAUUAUCUCUGUCUUUCAUUGGAAGUGACAAGCUGGCGAUCGAUAAUCAGGAAUCCAGUGUACGUGAAAUCAAGCCCAAGAACAGACGUAUAAUGGGAGCUGGAGGACCAGAUGAGGAGGAUUGUAGGUGGCCUCCAUGGUUGAAACCACUGCUGAAGGAACACUUCUUUGUUCAAUGCCAAUUACAUGUGGAUGCACACAAAAGCGAAUGUAACAUGUACUGUCUAGAUUGCAUGGACGGCGCUCUCUGUUCUCUCUGUUUGGCCUACCACAAGGACCACCGUGCCAUCCAGAUAAGGAGGUCAUCAUACCAUGAUGUGAUCAGGGUCUCUGAGAUACAGAAGUAUUUGGACAUUGGUUCAGUCCAGACCUACGUUAUCAACAGUGCUAAGGUUGUCUUCUUGAAUGAGCGGCCACAACCUAGGCCCGGCAAAGGGGUCACUAAUACCUGCGAAGUCUGUGAGCGUAGCCUCCUCGACUCCUUCCGCUUCUGCUCUCUCGGUUGCAAGAUUGUUGGGACCUCGAACAAUUUCCAGAAGAAGAACAGAGCAUUGCCGGAGAAGAAACGCGGUCUGAUGACGGCAUCGGACUCCGAGGACUCAUACAGCAGCAGCAGCCAUGGCCGGCGCAAGAGCCCCAUUAAAGACUACAAAGUCCAGAGUUUCAGUCCGUCAACUCCACCCCCAACUUCGGUUACUUACAGAACUGCCAAGAGAAGAAAGGGAAUUCCACACAGAGCCCCAAUGGGAGGACUAAUCAUAGAAUAUUAGAAACCCCUACUUUUUACCUUAAUUUCCCUAAUACCACGCUCAUACAAAAAAAAAGUAGUAGACACUAGUGCUUUUACGGAAGAGGCCAGUGUUGGGAAAACCCUAAUGUAUAUACAGAAGCAGUCAAUAGAAUGUGAUCAUGAAAAUAGAAGGGGGGUAGGAGUGAGAAAUAAGACAAUGUACAAGGUCUAGAAUGUGGAGGAGAUAAGAGUUUGGAGAAGAAAAAUAAGCUUUAGUUUGAAAUAUGAAAAUAUAGUGGGUUAAUGAGGUCAUUAUACAUAAGUUUUAUCUCUUAUGUUUAUUGAGUGGGGUCAAAAUGUAAAUACUGUUUUGUGUUAGGGGCUAGAAUGCAAUUACAAUGCACUCGUAUAAAAGCAGGGUUGGUGUCUAUAUAUGGAAUGAAAUAAGAGAUUUUAU